AUGGACAAUCCACGAAACAUCACAGAAUUUUUCAUGCUGGGACUCUCACAGAACCCUGAGGUGCAGAGAGUUUUAUUUGUGCUCUUUUUGAUCGUCUACCUGGUCUCUGUUGGGGGCAACCUACUCAUCAUUCUCACCACCAUCUUCAGCCCCACCUUGGGCUCCCCUAUGUACUUUUUCCUCUCAUGUUUGGCCUUUAUUGAUACUUGUUAUUCCUCAUGUAUGACUCCCAAACUCAUUGCUGACUCCUUGUAUGAAGGGAGAGCCAUCUCUUUUGAGGGCUGCAUGACUCAAUUCUUUGUUGCCCAUUUAUUGGGAGGAACUGAGAUCAUUCUGCUCACAUUCAUGGCCUAUGACCGCUAUGUGGCCAUCUGCAAGCCGCUGUACUACAUGACCAUCAUGACCAGGCAUCUCUGUGCCCUGCUGGUGGGGGUGGCUUGGUUGGGGGGCUUCCUGCAUUUAUUGGUUCAGCUCCUCCUGGUCCUUCAGUUGCACUUCUGUGGGCCAAAUGUAAUCAAUCAUUUUGUUUGUGACCUGUACCCCUUGCUGGAACUCGCCUGUACCAACACAUAUGUCAUCGGUCUACUGGUGGUCGCCAACAGCGGUGUGAUCUGCCUGCUGAACUUCCUCAUGCUGGCUGCCUCCUAUAUUGUCAUCCUGCGCUCCUUGAGGUCUCACGGUGCAGAGGGGAGACGCAAAGCCCUCUCCACCUGUGGGGCCCACUUCACUGUUGUUUCCCUGUUCUUUGUGCCCUGUAUAUUUAUUUACAUGCGGCCAUCAUCUACUUUGUCCAUAGACAAAAUAGUGGCUGUGUUUUAUUGUAUUUUGACACCCAUGUUUAACCCUUUGAUUUAUACACUGAGAAAUGUAGAGGUAAAAAAUGCCAUGAAGAAUCUUUCGAAAAAAUAA